UUUCAAAGACACACUCAGAAAAAAUGAUCUGCAUUCAUAAAGGGGUGCUCCUUCCCGCCCGAUCUGCCCUGCGUUGCACCUCCUCUGUUUCCCUUACGUGCAGCACUCUUGCGAAUUCCCUGCGGGGUUACGGCGGUCCCUCCGCACAGGUUUCUCUCGUCGCAACUCCCGCCUCAGCCGAGGGCUCUCCCGCGCCUGCCGGGAGAGCGCAGGCAGCUGCGCACCUCGCGCCCGCCUGCCUCUGCCCCGGCCCCGCUUUCACUUUCUGUUCCGGGGUAGGCGAGGCAGGCGGCAGCGACGCCAGGGUGAGUCGGCUCGGUUGCGGACCACCAGGUAGUGUGAGCAAGAAGAUGAUAUCUCUGUCCGUCAAAUGGCCACUUGGAACCAUGCCGCUUCUACUGUCCUCACUGUUGAUUCUCUUAACUGUGUCAACUCCUUCCUGGUGUCAGAACAGUGACACCUCGUCUCCAAAAGCUAGUAAUGUGUCACCAUUCCCUUGGGAUAAAAUUCGACUUCCUGAGCACAUCAGCCCGGUUCAUUAUGAUCUCAUGAUCCAUGCAAAUCUCACCACUCUGACUUUCGAGGGAACCACUCAAAUAGAAAUCACAGCCAGCCAGCCUACCACUACCAUCAUCCUGCAUAGUCACCACCUGCAAAUAUCUAAGGCCACCCUCAGGAAGAGAAUUGGAGAGAGACUGACUGCAGAACCGUUGAGAGUCCUGGAAUACCCGCUUCAUGAGCAAAUCGCACUUGUGGCUCCCGAGCCUCUGGUUGUUGGGCUCCUGUACACAGUUGUCAUUGACUAUGCUGGCACCCUUUCUGAGCAUUUAAAUGGAUUUUAUAAAAGCACCUACAGAACCAAGGAAGGGGAAUUAAGAGUACUUGCAUCAACGCAUUUUGAACCUACUGCAGCCAGAAUGGCCUUUCCCUGCUUUGAUGAACCUUCCUUCAAAGCAAAUUUUUCAGUCAAGAUCAGAAGGGAGCCAAGGCACCUGUCCAUCUCCAAUAUGCCACUGGUUAAAUCUGUGACUAUUGCUGAAGGACUCAUAGAAGACCAUUUUGAUGUCACUGUGAAGAUGAGCACCUACCUGGUGGCUUUCAUUAUUUCAGAUUUUAAGUCUGUUAGCAAGAUGACCAAGAGUGGAAUCAAGGUUUCCAUAUAUGCUGUGCCUGACAAGAUACAUCAGGCAGAUUAUGCACUGGAUGCUGCAGUGACUCUUCUAGAGUUUUAUGAGGAUUAUUUCAGCAUUCCAUAUCCCUUACCCAAACAAGAUCUUGCUGCUAUUCCUGACUUUGAGAGUGGCGCUAUGGAAAACUGGGGACUGACCACAUACAGAGAAUCUGUUCUAUUGUUUGAUUCUGAAAAGUCUUCUGCAUCAAAUAAGCUUGGCAUUACUUUGACUGUGUCCCAUGAACUCGCCCACCAGUGGUUUGGGAAUCUCGUGACUAUGGAAUGGUGGAAUGAUCUUUGGCUAAAUGAGGGAUUUGCGAAGUUUAUGGAGUUUGUGUCUGUCACUGUGACUCAUCCAGAACUGAAAGUUGAAGAUUAUUUCUUUGGCAAGUGUUUUGAUGUGAUGGAGGUAGACGCAUUAAAUUCUUCACACCCUGUGUCGACAGCUGUAGAGAAUCCUGCUCAGAUUCGGGAAAUGUUUGAUGAAGUUUCUUAUGAAAAGGGAGCUUGUAUUCUGAAUAUGCUAAGGGAUUAUCUCAGUGCUGAUGCAUUUAAAAGUGGUAUUGUACAGUAUCUCCAGAAGUAUAGCUAUAAAAACACAAAAAAUGAGGACCUGUGGAAUAGUAUGGCAAGUAUUUGUCCUGCCGAUGACACACAAAGAAUGGAUGGCUUUUGCUCCAGGGGUGCACAUUCAUCCUCAUCCUCACACUGGCGUCAGGAAGGCCUUGAUGUGAAAACCAUGAUGAACACGUGGACGCUGCAAAAAGGCUUUCCCCUGAUAACCAUCACGAUGAGAGGGAGGAAUGUACACAUGAAGCAAGAGCACUACAGGAAAGGACCUGAUGACGCCUCAGAAACUGGGUACCUGUGGCAUGUUCCAUUGACAUUCAUUACAAGCAAAUCAGACUCAGUCCAAAGAUUUUUGCUGAAGACAAAAACAGAUGUGCUCAUUCUCCCAGAAGAGGUAGAAUGGAUCAAAUUUAAUGUUGGAAUGAAUGGCUAUUACAUUGUGCAUUAUGAGGAUGAUGGAUGGAAUUCUUUGAGUGGUCUUUUAAGAGGAGCACCUACAACAAUCAGCAGCAAUGAUCGGGCCAGUCUCAUUAACAAUGCAUUUCAGCUUGUCAGCAAUGGAAAGCUGUCAAUUGAAAAAGCCUUGGAUUUAACCCUAUACUUGAAGCAUGAAACUGAAAUUAUGCCCGUGUUCCAAGGUUUGAAUGAGCUGAUACCUAUGUAUAAACUGAUGGAGAAAAGAGAUAUGAAGGAAGUGGAAAAUCAGUUCAAGGCCUUUCUCAUCAGGCUGCUGAGGGACCUCAUUGAUAAUCAGACGUGGACAGAUGAGGGCUCAGUCUCACAGCGAAUGCUGCGGAGCGAGCUCCUCCUCCUUGCCUGCAUGUGCAAGUAUCAGCCCUGUGUACAGAGGGCAGAAGCCUAUUUCAGAGAGUGGAAGGAAGCUGGUGGAAAUUUGAGCCUGCCCAGUGAUAUAACCUUGGCGGUGUUCGCUGUGGGGGUCCAGAACCCUGAAGGAUGGGAUUUUCUUUAUAGUAAAUAUCAGUCAUCUUUGUCCAGUACUGAGAAAAACGAAAUUGAAUUUGCCCUCAGUAUUAGCCAAAAUGAGGGAAAGCUUCAGUGGCUACUAGAUGAAAGCUUUAAGGGAGAUAAAAUAAAAAUUCAAGAGUUUCCACAUAUCCUUAGAGCUGUUGGCAGGAACCCGGUGGGAUAUCCAUUGGCCUGGCAGUUUCUGAGGGAAAAUUGGGAUAAACUUAUACAAAAGUUUGAACUUGGCUCAUCUUCUUUAACAAAUAUGGUAAUAGGAACAACAAAUCAGUUCUCCACAAGAGCACGGCUUGAGGAGGUAAAAGGAUUCUUCAGCUCCUUGAAAGAAAACAGUUCUCAGCUCCGUUGUGUCCAGCAAACGAUUGAAACCAUUGAGGAAAACAUUCGUUGGAUGGAUAAGAAUUUUGAUAAAAUCAGAGUGUGGCUCCAAAGCGAGAAGCUUGCACUGCUCUAACAGUUUGUUCCUUGGUGGUUCCUGUGGUAACAUUAUGCUAAAAUUUUGUCAGAUGUGAUUAUUUUCAAACCAGAGAUGGCUCUUUUGGCUUCUGAAGAUAUUUUUCCAUUUCCUUCUUACUCAUUUGACUAUUCCUGUGACAAGACGGGCUACUAAAUUGUUCAUCGAUGGGUUACUGCUACAAUGUAUUUUAUUGACAGGUGUCACCCUGCAAUCUAAACCCAAGCGGUGGGUUCCUUACUGUAGAGGAGUAGCUUAUUUCUGCCGUUUUAUGUCCUACACUUAAGCCUUGUGCUUUCCAAACCCCUGCUCCCCAUGUGUGUGUCAUCCAUAAGCUGUUUUGUCACUCUCCUUUAAAGACCUGUGCAUAGUGAGGACUGCUGAACAGUGAAUCCCUGGAUCAGUGACUAAGCAUGUUCCACCUUUCCCUUCCCUGCCACAUGUCCAGGGGCUGACAUGUAGGCACAUGUCAUCAGGCUUGUUUGCUGACUUCUGUCAGUCUCCCAGGAGGGCAGAUGGGAGCUGGGGUAGGGGAGAAUAGAUGGGGGUGUUGUAUUGCCCUGGUGCCCUUGCAGGUUGCCUGGGUGGCCUCCACCAAAGCUUGGCUCCUGAGAAGCGGCCCUCUUUUUACCCAGCCUUCUCCACCUCUGCCUUCUAGUAACCAUUCCUCCUCUCAUCCCUCCAGGAUGAGGGGAGGGUGAAGUGGGAGUCUGGCUUUUCGUAGUCCUAGCAGUACUUGUGGGUUCCUUACAUCCAUCCCCAUACCUUUGUUUAAAAAACAAACCUUUUUAGAGAACUCUUCUCAAUCCUAAUUUGAGUGUGUGGUCUAUUUCCUCAAGGACCCUGAGUGAUACAGUGUCCCUCUGAAAAAAGCAGAGUACAUUCAGGUCUAGAGGAGAAAGCUUUCAUUUGAAGUUGAACCUGGGAGCUGUUGAUACUUAGGUAGGACUUCUCUCUCUGCUCCAUAUUUGGCCUAGUUUAUGAUUCCCCAAAACCUUGUUACUGGCACUGCCACUAAGUCAUGGCAGAGUCUCCAAUAAAUAAUGUGAAACUGAAAUUAUUUAUAUUAGCUUAAGUGUGGCAGUGAGUUGUCUUUGAAGGCCUUUAUGAGUUUAACAUACUAUAAAAUUUAAAAGAAUAUAUGAAAAAUGUCAAUGUGUUCUAAUAUAUUGUGGAAUAGAGUGACAUGAAUGUGUUUACAAUUCUCUUUUUAUAUGUAUUGCAUAGUCUAAUGGUUUGAGAAAUAAAACCAGGAAUCACUGGUAAUGUCCACCCCCAGGUAUUAACCUUCUAAAAGACAUACAAAGCCAAGAUUUUAAUGUAAAAUACUUUUAAUUGUUUUGUAUUUUGACUUAAACAUGGAAAUAGUGGUUUUCAUUUUGGUCACCUGAGGAGCCUAUGUUAAUUUGCUUCUGGAGAAGUCCAUUUUCUAAAUAACAAUAUUGCUACAACAAUGUGCAAAUACCUUUUUGGGAAUAAAAAUUCUAUUUACUUCUAA